AUGGCCCUCCGGUCCGUGCUCCGUGCUCGGCAUCCAGGGGAGAGAGGAGCUGGUGAAGAGGAAGAAACUCCGGCGUGGGCUGAGGACAAGCUACCCAUCGCGGUGAGCCCGGAUGGCCUGCUCUUGUGCAUCGUCACGGCAAAGCGCUCCCUUGCACUCUAUCGACUGGCGCCACCGGCCUCCUCUUCCUCCUCCUCCCCCUCCUCCUCCUCCCUCUUCUCCUCUUCACCCAGUCAAUUACACUCGGCAAAUGGGAACAGCGCAUCGAUAGAAGAAGGGAAAAUAUCCGGCAACCCCAUACCCUCAUGCACAGGCGCAGCGACAGCCUCUUGUGGGGAAGGCAUUCGCGUACUGGAUUUCGCGGCGGAGGAGGUGGAAGGAGAGGCGCCGCCGGUGGAGGUUGAGAUCACAGCGCUGAAGGUG